AUGUUAGCCAGUGUUUGGGAAGUGUCUGUGCACACAGCAUACGUUGAGCAGCGAGGGUGUAAACCACGCUUUUCCAGCAGUGGUUCUCAAGCUCACGAGUACACUAGAACCACGCGGGGAGAGCUCUGGGGUGUGGAGGCCAGUGAACAGCCAGCCAAUGUGGAAGUGGCUCCAAGGCACUUGAUGAAGGAGAGAACCCUCUCCCAGAACAGCCGGAUCAUCCCGUUGCAGGGCCUCCAGGGGAAGGUCACCUAUACUGACCAGUGGGGACAUCAGGUCAAGCUGGAUGACCUCUUUGUGGCAGGUUGUGAUGUCCGAUACAUCCAUAUCCCAGGUGAUGUGACUAUCACUGCCACCAGUGAGCAACAGCUCUGGAAUAUCCACUGCGUGUGCAACUUUGGGGGCCAGGGCGAAGGCUGGAAGGAGUCUCCUUCCACCAGGCACAAGUGA